GCCUUCUAAACCAAACUAUAACAAAAAAUAUUCGUCGCCCUGAACCAAGUUUGUUUGCUUGCCAACAUAGUGAGAGAAAACAAGGAAUUUGGUUUUCGUGUCGUUGGGCAAUACCUGAUACCGGGACCAAUGCAAAAUGCUUAAACUUUCUCUGAAACGUUUCGCCAGCGUUUUGUUCUUUCAAUUGCUGUUUCUGUUCGUUGAUUUAGGCAUAAACAGUUUCUCGUAUCUAGCUCGCGGUGGUCAAGUUGGUGCCAUUUUUUUGUUCAUUGCCCAGGAUGUUUGUUUGAUGCUAUCGUUCACUGCUUUUGUUUUUAGUCUGUACUCCACCUACGUUUAUCAAGCCGGAAUGGCAAACUUGUUGUACGAAAAAUUUCGCACCCCGCUCUUCAUUAGCAUGAUGUACUUUUUCCUCAGCAUCGCAUUGCAUCUUUGGCAGGUGCUAGGGCAUUCCAAUGCACCGUACCAGUUUCAGUGGCCGAAGGCUCUUACUGCUCUAUUUAUUAUACAUCGGCUGUUUUCUCCGGUAUAUUACUAUUUGUACAAAAAAUCUGCAUUGAAAAUGAGUGAUCCGCGGUUUUACGAAAAUCUGGACUGGAUUGCACAACAGCUGUCGAUCAAGUAAACAGUAGUGUGAGAAACAACAAACGAAGUGUUGACUAAGGACUCAGAAUUCCAUGAGUUUUAAAAAUUUCUCUUUCUAGUCAGUCAUUUAGUCAGUUCGACGGUGAUACAGUCUCUAGCUCUAGAAUACUGUAGCAAAGUAAACUAAGAGUCUUUAGCCGAAGCCAUACUAUUUCUGCAUUCCGUUAGAGUUUACUCUAGUUACACAUUAACACAAAGUGUUGUAGAAUUACGCCAAAGGGAUCACGAUAGGAAGUUGUUCUCUUGUAUGUGUCACAUAUCAUCAAUAUUUGAAUGAAAAAUAUGUGUAUUUCAGAUUUGCUACUCCUCGUUGAAAU